AUGUCCCAGAAUUCCCGAGGUGGACCGGUUCCUGUCACCGCUGCCCCAUCCACAAUCAGUAUAAGUACCACACCUGAUGGUCGAGAUCCUGCAAUCAUUGCGCUCGAGACCCGCUUCAAAGAGGCCAGCGACCUCGAAGUCUGGGAGCACUGCGUCGGUGGCAGGCGCGUUAAGAAGAUCCCCGCCAUCGCUGACGACUUGGCGAACCACAUCAUUGUCGUCUGCCUUGACUGUGAACACUGGUCUAACAACACCGAUGAGACUACUGAAGUCGGUGUCGCUACUUUCAGUCGUCAAGAUGUACUGCCGAUCGCAGCAACCGGAGACUUCGGAGACCACGGCGAGUACCUAAUGCAGAAAGUCCGGUUCUACCUCUUGCGUACGAUCGAGACAUCCCAUCUCCCAAAUCAGAAUCCAGAGUCGCGGGGAGUCGAAGGCAACCGCUUCGGUCAAGGCCGGUUCGUCACCUUCGCAGAAGCGCGUCAGAUCCUGACCAACCUCUUUGUCCAGCCCAUCAAUCGCAUACCCGGCCUGAGCGGUAACUACCCGAUCGUCGUUCUCGGCCACGACGUCGGACACGAUCUGAACAACCUCAAGUCCAAGGCUAUUGCUUUCGACAUGGAGCCGAUUGGAACCGUCGUUCGCUACAUCGACACCCAGCUGCUGGUUCGUGACAAGGGCUAUUGGAUGAUGCCUCGCAACGAGCAAGUCGGCCUGAGGCGUAUGGUCGAAGAGCUCUCUUUCGAGCAUAGUGAUUCCCACACGGCGGCAAACGACGCCGGUCGUACGUUGAUCUCAGCCUUUCAGAUCGUUUUGGGCGGUCACAAGUGCAAGAGGUUCGCGCACAAGAGCAUGAAGCAAGUGGCAGGCGAUCUGGAGCGCCAUAGUGUGGCGAACUUCGGUGAGAGCCUCGGUGGCGUUGAGAAGUACUGCUUCAAGUGCGGCACUGCUGGCCACAUGAAGCCAGAUUGCCAGGCAACAGACCUUCACUGCGAUGAGUGCGAAGAGAACAAAUGCAACAUCGCGCUAGGAAAGGAACACGUCACCGAGCACUGCAUUUGUGUAGCCAACAAGAAGGCUCUCGUUCGACGCGAAAAGGACGCUAUCGCUCGAGCUCUCAAGAGACCCAACUGGGAUCGUUCGAUGUCACGUCGUGGUAGCACUCGUCCGUCUGGUCCUACCAUGGACUAUGACGGUCUCCGACAGUACUUCGGCUCUGCUGGUGGACAUGGCUUCGUCACGCCUAGCCCUGGAGGACACCCUUCCGUCAGAGGCUUCGGCAGACAUUUCGGCCAAGGCGGCCAUGGCAACGUUUCGUUUGGUCGCGGUCGUGGUGGAGCACACCCUCCACGUGGAGGACACGGAGGAUACAACCAGGGUUGA